GUAUGUGAAUAUUUGUUUACGGUCACACACAUUUUUUGCAUCGCGGUCACACUGCAGUAUUAUAUCUAUGUAGAGUAAUGUAUACAUUAUAUACAUACAUAUAUACACAUUGAAAACAGUGAGAAAAAUACAAUCGAGAGUAACAUUUUAAUAAAAGAUUAAAGCAUGUUCUAAAAGCUACGAUUCCAAGAUGUAUUGGACCCUAUAAAUUGUGAAUCUCAAAAUCCUAUAAUAGAAAAAACUGAAUCUUCAAAUACUUAGUGCAUAAAGAAAAACAUCCAUAUGUAUGCACUAACAAUAAUUAAGAACCUGUGUUGUUAAAUCGUUCAUCUUAAAAUCAAGUUCGCCGGCUGCAUGUAAAUGGAUACAUCAUCACCACAAAUAAACAUGGAGGAGUCAAACCCCAAUUAUCCGGGCGCUCAACGAUUGCAGAAUCCAGAAGCAUGGCCCAAUAUACAUGAAUUUCAUCCAUCGCUUAUGUUUCCGGAUGAUCCGAGGCGGUAUUUUCACAAUCCCCCGCCAAUCAAUGCAAUCGGUGGAUCGCUCAUACCUGCUAAGAUGCCGGAGAUGAGUACAGACAUCAACAUCAACAUCGCGAACCCGAUGCCGAUCCCCACUGUGGAAAACACAUCCGCGGACAAAACCAGAAUCCCACAUCCAGCCAUCGCCAUCCCACAGGAUGUGGGGAAGAAUAUUACAGCAGUACCUCACGGCCACAAGCGAAAGAACUCUGUCCAAGAUGCAGAGCAGGGCACGAACAAGAAAAUCGGUCUAAAUCUAACGGCUGCCGAGGAGAAGAAGAACCUCCUCCAUCUCAGGAAGAACAUUAGGGAUGUGAUGAACGAGAACAAUCUGGACACAACCACGCUGGCGGCCCAGAAGGAGGAGGCCGAACGCUUGGCUCGCGUUGCUGGUCAACAGAAGUCAAUGCGCGAAAUCCAGAAGCAGGUUGUCCACAAGCAAUUCUUCCGCAUAUUGCAGCUGGACGAGAGCGAGGGAAUUGAAAGCUGUUCCGUGUCCAACCACGUGAAUGUUAACGUAAAUGUUAACGCUAACGAUGCUCCCGUCGAGUUUCCCGAGGAGGAAAUCGUGUCGGACACAUUUGAUGAGACGAAUAGUAGUUUAAGCUGUAGCAUCGACGACGUGCUAAAUAAGGAGGCCAGCAGCGUGGAGCCGUCCGGGGAAGUGGUGACCAUUGAUGACAGUUCGGAUGACGACUGCAUACUCCUGUCGGAGGAAGAGGAGGAGGAGGAGGAAGAGGAGGACUUGAACGAGUCGGACGAUGCCCAUAACAGUGGCAUGCAUGUCAAGGAUUUGUAUAAUGUUCCUGAUGAAAACGGACAAGUAGUCGUCAACAUUGCGCAUCCCGAGGGCGAGGAGACCUUGUACUUGGCCCCCCAAAUAGCCAAGGUGAUAAAACCGCACCAGAUCGGAGGCGUUCGCUUCUUGUACGACAACAUCAUUGAAUCGACACGAAGGUUCAACAAAUCAAGCGGCUUCGGAUGCAUUCUUGCCCAUUCCAUGGGGCUGGGCAAGACGUUGCAAGUUGUUUCCUUCUGUGAUAUUUUCUUAAGACACACGUCCGCCAAGACGGUUCUCUGUGUGAUGCCCAUCAACACGCUGCAGAAUUGGUUGAGCGAGUUCAAUAUGUGGGUGCCCCGCUACACCGCCGACCACAACAUUCGUCCGCGCCAAUUCGACAUUUAUGUUCUGAACGACCAGCAGAAGACACUUACUGCUCGCGCGAAAGUUAUAUUGAAUUGGGUGCAGGAAGGCGGCGUUCUGCUGAUCGGAUACGAAUUGUUCCGACUCUUGGCCCUGAAGCUGGUGCGAACCCGCAAGCGGAAAGGCGCCAACGCCUUUAGGGCCGAUGGCCACGACGCCAGCAGCGAUCUUAUGAAUCGGGUGUUCGAAGCACUCGUUAAACCUGGUCCAGAUCUGGUGAUAUGUGACGAGGGGCAUAGGAUCAAGAACUCGCAUGCCGGCAUAUCCCUGGCCCUGAAGCAGAUACGGACUCGUCGCCGCAUUGUACUUACGGGCUACCCCUUGCAGAAUAACCUUCUUGAGUACUGGUGCAUGGUGGAUUUUGUGCGGCCAAACUAUUUGGGAACCCGCACAGAGUUCUGCAACAUGUUCGAGAGGCCCAUCCAGAAUGGCCAGUGCGUGGACUCCACCCCAGACGACAUAAAACUCAUGAGAUACAGAGCGCACGUGCUGCACUCCCUGCUGCUGGGCUUCGUGCAGCGACGCUCCCACAAAGUAUUGCAGAUCACGCUGCCGCAGAAGCACGAAUAUGUUAUUCUCGUGAAAAUGACGGCGUUCCAGCGGAAGCUUUACGACACCUUCAUGACUGAUGUGGUGCGAAAGAAGGCGUUUCCCAAUCCCCUGAAGGCCUUUGCUGUUUGCUGUAAGAUCUGGAAUCAUCCGGAUGUACUGUACAACUUUCUGAAGAAAUGUGAGACUGACUUAGAUUUAGAAAUCGACGAAGAGCUUUCGAAGAGCGCUCCCACUCCAAUCACAGACUCCAAUCAAGAAUCCAAUCCUUCAUCGAACAUGGCGGCCUCGGCCUCUCUGUCUCCUCUCUGCGAGAAGAAGAGCAGCGAAACCAUUGAAGUGGCCUCUAAUUCCAACGGAACUGAGGGCCUGUUCAAUAUGCCCCCGGUGGCAUCCGAUCUGAAUGCAAAAUAUCUAAACAAGAGCUGCAGCAGCCCCAAUCUGGCCUACGGGGAACCCCUUAAUUAUGGGUCGUUCGGUGCGGAAACCAUAGGAAAGAACAACUAUUGGAUGGAAUCGAGCUGUCCCAUCCUGUCCAAACCGGGCUUUGUUGAGGUGAUAAAACAGACGGAUACAAAUAUGUCGAAGGACUUUGAAAGUAUUACAGGAUCCUCGGAAAUUGUGGAUCUCGACACGAAUGAGAUAAAAACAGUCGAAACGAACAUCCAAACGCCGUGUUCCAAUAAUCAGCUGGACAAUGAGGCCAAUGCCCUCAAGCCAAGUGGUUGUAGUGUCGUGCCGGGCCUGAAGAACGUAGCCGGCGGCACUGGCAUUGGCUUCGAAGCAAAUAAAAAGCUGUUGAAGACUAAACGGAACGACGAAUUCUCAUGUUCAUGGGCGGUCGAUCUAAUGAGGAACUAUGUGGCUGGCCAAAUAGAGAAUUCGCCCAAAAUGGAGAUAUUCUUUUGCAUCCUGAAGGAGAGCAUGCAGUUCGGCGAUCGUAUAUUGCUGUUUAGCCAAUCCCUCCUUACGUUGAACAUACUCGAGGGCUACCUGAAGACCAGUUACGUGCCCGGCACCAAUCAAUUUUGGACCAGAAGUUACUCAUACUUUCGUCUGGAUGGGUCCACCUCCUCGCAGGAAAGGGAGAGGCUAGUCAAUGAAUUCAAUGCAAAUAGUCAAGUGAAGCUAUUUCUAAUCUCGACGAGGGCUGGCUCAUUGGGCAUCAAUCUGACUGGAGCGAAUCGUGUUAUCAUUUUUGAUGCCAGUUGGAAUCCCUGCCACGAUACGCAAGCUGUAUAUAGGAUUUAUAGAUACGGACAGACGAAGCCAUGCUAUGUGUAUAGAAUUGUAAUGGACAAAUGCCUGGAGAAGAAGAUAUAUGAUAGGCAAAUCAAGAAACAAGGCAUGUCCGAUCGAAUUGUCGACGAAUGCAAUCCCGAGGCACAUCUCUCCAUGAAGGAGAUAACGAACUUGUGCCACGAUUAUGACUCUGAUGAUGAGGCCACAGAUACUUCGAAAAAUCCCCCAGUGGAAGAGCCAUCAAAGGAGCAAAUCAAGCCAAAGGAUGAGCCUGAAGCGAUACCAGAAGAAAAACAGAAGAAGGCUAUUCAAGCAGAUGAGAAAACACUGCCAGCAACAGAGGAGCAAGUAACGCCAAAAGAGGAGAAAAUAGACCCAGCAGAGGGAGAUGCGACUGCAAUAGUUGAGCCUAAACCACAGAAUGGCACCUGUGAUGAGUCUCCGUCUAAGACGGAAAAGGAAAAAGCUGAAACCCCGAUCCCCCAUGUGCAUGUAGACCCCAUCAUCAAUACCCUCCUUGAGCUCCACAGACACUGUGUGACCAAGGAACCCUUCUUACACGACAGCUUGUUGGUUGAUCAAAAGGAUAGAAAACUGUCGCAGGCUGAGAAAAGGCAGGCUCAUCGGAGCUACGAGCUGGAAAAGAAGGCUGCCGUUAAUCAGAAGUUUGCCUAUGCUCCCGUUAAAACGCACUACAAGAUUGUGAAUAAUGAUGGAACUAUUGUGUCCCGACCAAUUGCACCGGUAAAGUCGACCACCUCUGUCUCUGCUGGAGGACGCACAACUCGUUGGAUUCCCGCAGAUGUGUGGCAACGGCAGGGAAUGACAGCACAGGAAAUGACAUUGCCGCUUGAUGUUGUCAUCCCCACGAACUCUUCGGACAAGGCCAAUAUUAUUCUGAAGGCUGGACAACGGGUGAUGGUUUUGAAGUCCACCAAAGGCAUCUACAUGCAAUUGGACAGCGGAAAAAUAAUAGCUAUAAGAACGACGGCUAAAAAUGAAUCAGAAAAGCCGAACAAGGACGAUGUAAUUGACAUAACGUCCGAUUGUGACACAGAUGUAGCAAAGCCACAAACGCCCGAGCAAGAAACUGUAAAGGACUUGACCUCUGACGACGAGCCACAUAUCGUGAAGAAUAAGGAAGGCGCGCAAACAACUUCAAGCCGGAUAGAAAUGUCCUCGAAGGAAAGAAAACAACCCACAGAGAAUCUACAACAUUUUAAGCCACAAACGCAACCAAAUAAUAAUUUAGCCGCCCCCCUUCAUGCGGGUCCAAAUCCACAUCAGAUGCCUUGUGACUUGAACUUUCCGCAGCAGACACAGGGGCCACAGCCACAGACGCAGCCGCAGCCGCAGCAACAGCAGCCGUACAAACAUCAGAAUCAUCUACCUGCAGGCAGCGAAGGCUACAAUAGUGCCAAUCCUGUUCCGUCGAAUGUGCCACUAGCGCAUUCGCAUCCGCCUGCUCCCAACGGAACAGAGACGGCAGAAAGUUCAUAUUUCCAACCGAAGCACUUUCAGCACUCAUAUCCACCCCAGUACUACGAUUACUAUGACAAUAAGCACAAGGCCACCCCGCCCGCAUCCGGCGGCUAUCACAUUAACAACUACACCUCCUACGGCAACUUGAAUUUCGCACCCUACCAUUCCAACCUACACCCAUCGACAGGAUACAUCGGUGGGCCGUCGUCGUAUGUAAACUCAAAUGUAUUUCCCAGACCACACUGGAGUUCGGUUGUAAAUACGCCAGCGUCAAAUGAGUCUAUUCGACAGCCCUCGUACAUCGGGAGCACUACUUACCCAAUCAACGAGUGGUCGUCGCAAUAACGAAUGUAAAUAAAUGCUGCUUCUAUUUAUCUGUGUCCAGUUGAGGGCGAAGAUGCCACUCCUCAAACUUAAUUUUAAUAAAAAAGGACAAUUUUUUUCUCUUUUUUUAAACGUUAUAAAGUUGCGCUUCUUCGCUGUUGUUUUAAAAGUAGGACUAGGUUUUGUUCUUUUAAUUAUACUCAAAGAGCAAGAAUAUUUUUUAGUUUAAGAAUCUUUUCUGUUCGAAACCAUUAGAAAAACUGGCUGCAAAACAUUAUUAUAUCAUUAGAUUAGAUAAUUAUUCAGAUCGUUAUUACUGAUCGCUAAACCAAACAGAAUGCUUCCUAUUCCUAUUACUGUCUGAUUAACCAGACAGCUAAACCUGUUCUGUGUCAGUUUUUACUUUGUUGCUUGGGCGUGUACUCUUGACUGGAAAUACAGAUAAAGGUCGGGGGCUUUAUUCCUUACCGUUAAGGUUAUUUUUCAUUUAAGUUAUUUAUUACAAUAUUAUAGUUAAUUCCCUUUAAAUGGAUAACAUUAGUUUACACAUUUUCGUUAUGAAAAGAUACAAACGAAAAAUGAAUAAAUAUUCUUAGAUUUUAACAUAGUGUUUACACAACUCGUUCUAUCCAAAUCUAUUUAAUUUAGAAGCCCAUGGAUAUGGGAUAGUAAAACUCAUUCGAGCAAACAUUCGAAGAUUGGUCUCUCUUUGGUGUGUGUAGUGCAUGCCUACCUCCAUCUAAUAAAUACAACAAAACAUCUAAAAACAAAUGAAAAAAAAAACAUUCGAAAAUAUAAACAAGCUUUGAUUAAAAAAUGUUAGCUGUAAGAAAUAAAGUAAUGGUAUUAUACUGAAACAUU